CUGAGCUUGAGCGUCCUGAAGCAGAUGUCGUAGAGCGCCUCGUUGUCGAUGCAGUAUGUCUCGUCAGUGUUCUCGAUCAGCUGGUGGACGGUGAGGGUGGCGUUGUACGGCUCCACCACAGUGUCGGACACCUGGAGAAAAUGUGUGUGGCGUGGGCGUGGUCGUUGCCCAGGACCCGACGCGACUCCACGCCUACUGAAUACGAGCUGCCCUCUAACGCCUCCCUCCUGCUGUCUCGGAGCCUGCAGACCGGCUUUGUGUGUGACGAGAAGGUGUACGGGUUCUAUGCUGACCCGGAGAACGCUUGCCAGAUCUUCCACGUGUGCUAUCCUUACGUGGACGCCGACCUCAUAGUGAAGCUGAGGAUGUUCUCCUUCAUCUGCGGACCCGGACUUGUCUUUGAUCAGGAGAAACUGGUGUGUGACUACCCGGAGAACGCGAUCCCCUGUGAGGCCGCUGAGUCCUUCUACAGCGUCAACAAUUACUUUGGACGCAUCGACCUCAACUUCCGCGAGGCCCCGACGCCGACUUUGCCCGAGGAGACGGAGUUCAGGCUGCAGACCCUCGGCGAACUUCGGCGAGACCUCGAAGACGCUGCCGCUGCCGAAGACGAGGCUGCCGCUCCCAACGACUCCCCUGAGCUCGACAUAAUUUCUUAGCGAGUCGGAUUCGAUUCUUUUGGUUCGCUGCGGCUGAUUACUUCCUUAGUAGCUUAUCCUCCGUUCUUACCAAGCCGGUUUGGAUUUUAUGGUUUGCUGUGACCUUAGUUUUCUUUUAAUGAAAUGAUUUGUUUUUUAUGUGCAUACCGUCCCAUUUAGACAACUCUUAAUGUAUUAGUUUGUGCUAUACCGUCAAAAUUGGUCCUUUAGUUUGUUUUAGUGUUUUGGGGAAGAUUUUCCUUAUCAAGCCGGUUUGAACUCUGUGGUUCGCUUUAGCAUUAGUUUUCUUUUGAUGAGCUGAGUUGGAUUUUAUUAAGGUAAAAUUUAAUGUUUUAGUUUGUGCUCUGUCGACAAAAUGCGUUUUCUAUCUCGUUUUAGAUUUUUGGGGAUGUUUUUCAUUUACUCAGACUUCAUUGUGUUGUUUAUGGCAAUUCACACGUAAAAAUUAUGUUGUUUAUUGUAAAUCGGAGCAAGUCAUAAGUCGGAGUAAGUCGUAAGUCGGAUCCACAGUCCACCAUCGUUCGUUGUAAGUCGGACUUACCUCUUCUCUUUAUAAUCUUUCACUCGUUCACUCCCUCCAUCCAACACUGCUCAGGUAUAGAUUUAUUACAAGGGACUUCACGGUUUACUGUAAGCUGUCAGUGGCUUCUGAGUCCGUCAAGCAAAGGGGGAGUGAGCUUAGGCUUAGUGAGGUAGGCUGGACCUGCUGUUUGUUAGUUUUGUUAUGUUAUACGUGUAGGUUAUUGGUCUGUUUGAUGCUGUAAUUUGUGACUCUGGUGCUGUUAGUAUUAUGAUCUUUUCUUGUUUUGUUUUCAACGUGUAUUUUUAUUCUGCUUUUCCUCAUUUUUUCUCUGAUUUCCUAACUGCCUCCUAUUCUGUCUCUCACUCUUCCUUUACUUCUUUCACUCUCUCCUUCCUCUAUUCCUUCCGUUCUUCCUUCCUUCCUUGCUCCUCUUUUUCGUUCUCUCUUUCCUUCCUUUCUCUUUUAUUCAGUUCUUCCUUCCUUUCUUCCAGGUCCUUUUUCCUUCCUUCCCUCCUUCCAUUCAUCCAUUGUUCCUUCAUUCCUUUCUUCCAUACCUCCUUCCCUUCCUUAUUUUCAUCCUUCCUUACUCUUUUCUUCCCUGCCUCCUUCUUUCACUUACUUAUUAUUCCAUCUCUUCUUCCUACCAUCCCUCCUUUCAUACUCCCUUUCUUUCCUUCCAUUCAUCCUUCCUUAUUCUUUUCUUCGUUGCUUCCUCCUUUCAUUUCUUUAUAUUUUCCUUCCUACCUUCCUCACUACUCCUACCAUUUCUUCCUUUCAUUUUUCCUUUUCUUCCUUCCUUCCCUCCUGUCUUCCUUUCAUUCUUCCUCCCUUCUUCGCUUCGAUGUAAACCUAAUCACUGUUUUGUUGACCUUCGAUGUAUUUUUUUUCUGUUCCAAUAAUGCGUUGCCUGGAGUCACACAAUCUUCAUGUAUACUCUUCCACAAACACACACACUUGUCUUAUUACCCAACCAUCCCAUCACCCUUUACUCUCCACCCUCCACCAGUCACAUCCCUGCCUCCUCAUCCUCCUCUCGCACCUUCUCACCUCCGCCUCCUCCUUCUUCACACUCCUCCUCUUACUCUUCCUCAUAACUUGUUUCACCAUGUUACGGGACGAUAGCGUGUGUGUGUGUGUGUGUGUGUGUGUGUGUGUGUCCCACUUUCUAUCGCUAACGAGGCUCUGGGUUUGAGUUUGCGUUCGAAUCGUUGUAAGUGAAGCCUCGAAACACGUCAUCAUUUUUCUAAUCUCGAGGUAUAAGUUUCAUUAGAAAGACGCAAAUUCUAUUCUUGACUCAUUAAAAAUAUAACGAGGAGAAAACUGAGAUGCUGAAAACUGACAAAGAAAAAAUGAAAAGAACAAGCUCCAUCAUUUACAAGAGAUAGUUUCUCGCAAUGUGGCAACUUGGAGGUUACGUGAGAUACCAAAUACUGAUAUUAUCAUUUCCAUA